AUGAUCAUUCAGACGAUCAUGUUCUACGUCCUUGCCGUGGGGACGGUGGGGGCGGGCGUCAUGGUGAUCGCCUCGCGCAACCCGGUUCACUCCGUGCUCUUCUUGAUCCUGGCGUUCUUCAACUCGGCCGGGCUCUUCGUGAUGAUGGGCGCCGAGUUCCUGGCGAUGAUCCUCAUCAUCGUCUACGUCGGUGCCGUCGCCGUGCUCUUCCUCUUUGUCGUGAUGAUGCUCGACAUCAAUUUCGCCGAGCUGCGCGCGGGCUUCCUCCAAUACCUGCCCAUCGGCGGCGUCAUCGGAAUCAUCCUUCUCGCCGAGCUGGUGAUGGUCUUCGCCUCUGGCGCCAUCGAGAUCGAGGUGCCGACGAAUGUUGCAUCGCCAACGCCACCGCCAGACGAAGUGACCAAUACCCAAGCCUUGGGCGACGUGCUCUAUACCCGCUACGCCUACCUGUUCCAGGGCGCGGGCUUCAUCCUAUUGAUCGCGAUGGUGGGCGCUAUCGUGCUCACCCAUCGGCGUCGUACCGACGUCCGGCGCCAGCGCAUCGCCGAUCAGGUGGCGCGCGAUCCGAAGGCUGCCGUUCGCCUCACCGACAUCGAGCCGGGCGCGGAGGGAACAUGGAAAUCGGACUGA